UAUUCCGUUCGUCUCUUGCUUUAUCCGGCGACGGGCAUGGUGACCAUCUCUCUCUCCCUCGGACUCGGAACGGUGGAGGGCGGAGAUCUACUGGCAGCGUCUUUGCCGCAAGCCGCGGUUCAACCCCUGCCCACUCCUUUGGUGCGCGACUCGACCCGGCGCAUUGGCAUCGCACGCCGGCACGAUCCCCAGCCCUGGCGCGAGGGUCCGGGGCCCCUCCCUUCCACCGCCGCCAUGCUGGCAUCCAUCGUAUCCCCACUCCCACCACUGUAAUUCCCUGCGCUCGCUAU